AUGGAGAGCUCAUAUCUUAUUUGCUUAUUCUCUGUGAAUAUUUUUCCUGUAUGUGUGCAGCCUGCAUUUUUCAACAACCCAGCAUCAAGCAAGGUGAACACGACCCUUGCAGCCAUGGCCGAGGUGGACGGCUUUCAAGAGUACCUCGUCGCCUGCAUGAGGCUGCUCACCCUGCGCGGCAUGAUUCGCGAUUUAGGGCGAGCAGACGGGAGAGGAGACGAUGGGGGCAUCAGGGAGUGGGACGUGGCGUUUGGCAUUGUGCUCAGCUUCUUCCACGAGACCAUGCUGCGCUUCCAUUCCUUGUUCGCCGCGGCACAUGCCAGCAGGGAUUUGCAGGAGUUGGAGGGAAUGCUGGAGAGAUGGCAGAGGGAGCAGCCGGUGUUUGAUGGCAGCUACCACCACCUGCGGUCGGUGAUCUAUCGAUUGAGGAGGGCUGUUGAUGUGAGGAGCCAUAGUGAGAGGCAGAAGCGGAGGGCGGAGGAGGGCCAGAUGCUGCACGAAGACUUCUUCCCUUCAGGUCCGCGCCUCUCAAGCAUGCAGGCUGUGGAUGGGCCGGGUGAGCUCAGCUUGGCUGGCCGUCCAAGGCAUGAUAACGACCAUGUGGACAUCUCAGCUAUCUCAGUGGCUCCCACGAUGCAGGAGGUUCUCUGCAAGGCCUCGCCGUACCUCCCGCACAACCACGCCAGCGAGCCGCACCACCUGCCAGCGGGCUCCGUGGCCCGGCACGUGGACAUCCAAUUUCGCCUGCUGCGCCACGACCUCAUCGCCCCGCUCUGGAGCAAGGCGCUCUUCCUCCUCCACCACCUCAACCACGAAUCCUCCACGGCCGCCCGUGGCGAUAGCAGCAGCAGCGGCAGCAGCAGGGAGGAGGCGAUGGGGCUGGUGCGAGCAGACAGGGAGGUGGUGAGGGGCUUGACAGAUGACAUGAAGGGCGUGGUGGGGUUUUCUUCUGAGGACAUGGACGUGUAUCUGCUCAGGGACGUGCGUGUUCUCUCCAUUAAUACCGACAAGCGCAGCGGCGUGUACUUUCUCAUCGACUUUCUCGAGCCUCCCAUGCCGCGUGGCCGGCGCUCCCGUAACAGGUUGGAGUUUUGGGAGAACACGCGGAGGCUGCAGAACGGCUCCCUGGUGUGCCUGUGGAUCCGAGACAUCCACCCCAGCCACACCCAGCACCGUGCCAGUCAGCAGCAGCGUCACAGGGAGCCCAGGGAGCAAGGCAGCUCAAAUGCAAGCUGCUCCCACCGCCUCGUGUUCGCCACCAUCACAGCGAGGGACACGGAGAGGCUCGCCACUGCCCGGCCGCAGAUUGGCGUACAGCCGUGUGGGGGGAGCGGGUUCAGUGCAGACCUGCUGGGGCUGAUCGCUCGGGACGGCAGUGCGGGCAGCAGUGCAGGGGGUGGGGGGAGCACGCAGGUGGUGAUGCUGGAGGCGCAUGGGAGCUUCUUUGCGUAUGAGCCCAUUCUCAAGGCGCUGCAGGGCAUCACUGAGGCGUCUCUGCCCUUUGCUGAGUACAUCUGUGGGACACCUGGCGGGGCUGCUGUGAACGUGGGGUAUACACUGCCUGCGUAUAUCACCGCAGGGAUGACGUACGACCUGAGCCUGCUGCUCAAGACCAAGGCACCAUCGUCCUCACAGCAGAAAGAAUCCACUCCAGAGGACGCGUUCGCUCUGACCAACGUGCCCAUCUCCAACCCCACUGCCUUCCCCAUCGAUCCUCUCCUGCGCUGCACAUCACUGGACGAGCCUCAAGCUGUGGCGCUCCAGGCUGCCUUGACUCAGGAGUUCGCUCUGCUGCAGGGCCCCCCGGGAACCGGCAAGACGUUUGUGGGGAUCAAGCUGGUGGAAAUUCUGCUGAGCAAUGCCCUCAAGACAGCUGGUGCGGGUGGAGCAAGCAGUGGGGGCGGUGGACUGGGUCCCAUCCUGUGCGUGUGCUUCACCAACCACGCUCUCGAUCAGUUCCUGGAGGGGCUCAUUGCCAGUGGCAUCAGGAACGGGUGGUACCUGGAGCAGCAACUAUCAUGUGCCACCCUUCCUUCUCCCGUGUUGUUGUCUGACGCAUCUGCUGCUGUUCCUGUGGUGGUUCUUGCGAUGGUGCCUGAGCAGGUGGUGCGAGUGGGCGGCAGGAGCAGGUGCGAGUCUCUGCAGCAGUUCAACCUCGCCACUAUCAUGAGAGACACCCACCUUCAUCACAGCCGCAGCUACAGGCAGUCAACCUACGAGGUACACAGCAGGCUCAAGGAGGUGGAGGCAGUCAUCCGCGCCCACAGCGACGCCCUGCAGCACCGCAGAGACAACGCCACUGUGCUCUCAUGGCGCUCCAUCGCCCCGCACCUCCUCGCCAACCACCCUGGGUUUUUCUAUGCCUUCCAUGCCGCCAGCAAGGCUGACGACGACGGGUUUCAGGGCGGGCAGCAGCAAGGAGUGGUGACUGUGGAGGAUCUGUCUCAGGCAUUCGGUGACUUGGGAAACCAAAUAGGCAGGGGCCAAUGGGAGGAGCAGGUGGAGGAGAAUGAAAUCGAGGAGAAUCGGAUGGAAUCUGUGGAGGUGGAUGAAAGGAGUGACCGAGGGGUGGAGGAGUUGCUAAGUGUGGCGGAUCCAUGGGCAACCAGUGCGCAGGAGAGGCGGAAGCUGCUGGAGCACUGGGUGGGGGAGCUGAGGGACACAGCGAAUGCUGCAAUUGAGGCCGAGGUGGAGAACUUCUCAAGGAAAGUGAAGGAGCGCAGUGAGCUGCAACAGAUGGAGGAGUUGGAGAUUCUAGAGAGGGCGCAGGUGGUGGGCAUGACCACGUCCGGGGUGGCCAAGAUGCAGCGCCUGAUCACGGCACUUGGGCCACGAGUUGUCAUUGUGGAGGAGGCCGCUGAGGUGCUGGAGGCACACAUCCUCACCUCGCUCACCCCGCGCACCCAGCAUGUCAUCCUCAUAGGUAUGGGAGCUGCUGGGGUUGUUCUGAGCAACGAGCGCAAAAUUUCUGACGUGUCCCUUCCACCAGGCGACCAUCUACAGCUGCGGCCCAAGGUGGAGGUGUACGAGCUGAGCAAGGACUCGCACAAGGGCUUCGACCUGGACGUGUCUCUCUUUGAACGCCUCGCACUCUCCAGGCGCAUCCCAGUGUACACGCUCGCCACGCAGCGCCGCAUGCGCCCCGAGAUUGCCGACCUCAUCCGCUGCACCAUCUACCCCGCUCUGCAGGACCACCCCCUCGUGCACGGCUAUCCUGACGUGCGGGGCAUGGCGGUGAACCUGCACUUCUGGGACCACGACUGCCCUGAGAGUGGCUUAGACGACUUCAACGAGGGCAAGUCCAAGAGCAACGACGGCGAGGCAGCCAUGUUGGUGGGCCUUGCCACGUACCUCUUACAGCAGGGGUACACGGGAGGCGAAAUCACCAUCCUCACGCCCUACGUGGGGCAGCUGCUGAAGCUGCGCCAGGCGCUUUCUCAGGGCGAGGAGAGCACGGUGGUGAUCAUAUCCCUCGUGCGCAACAACAUGGAUGGCAAGAUUGGCUUCCUCAAGAGCCCCAACCGCACCAACGUGCUGCUGUCCCGUGCCAAGCACGGCAUGUACAUCAUCGGCAACGCCAGCACCAUGAGAGCCAGCUCCAAGUCCGUGCUCUGGCCGCGAAUCCUGACCAUCCUGCAGAGUAGGGGGCGCGUCGGGAGGUCCAUUCCGCUGCGGUGUGUGAACCACAGUGACACGGUGACGCACAUUGGGAGUGCGAGGGAGUUCAGGGAGAAGGCGAGCGAGGGCGGGUGCUCCCAGAUGUGCGGCUUCCGCCUCACUCCCUGCGGCCACACCUGCCCCCGCAGGGAGAGGGUAGAGGUGACCAUGCCGUUGUGCGGGCACAAGCAGACCGUCAAGUGCAGCGAGUCCGUAGCCAGGACAAGCAACCCCAAGCUCUGCACCGCUCGCUGUGGGGCUGUGCUGUCGGAUUCCUGUGGGCACACCUGCAUCUCUCCGUGCGGCCACUGCAUCAUUGACCCAGCUGCCACUGCACAGCCUCAGCAGACACAGCAGCAGCAGGGGCCGGCAAGGAAGCACAGGAAGUGUAUGCAGCGGUGCGAGCGCCCCCUCCCCUGUGGCCACCUGUGUCCCGACACCUGCCACAGCGACCGACCCUGCAGCCCCUGCACGCGCAAGUGCCUUGUCUCCUGCCAACACAGCUCUUGCCCCCAGCCCUGCCACCGAACCUGCGCUCCCUGCGCCGAGCCUUGCGGGUGGCGCUGCAUUCACCAGGGGGCGUGCUCUCUCCCCUGCGGCGCUCCCUGCGACCGCCUCCCCUGUGAGCAGCGGUGUGAGAAAACGCUCAAGUGCGGCCACCAGUGCCCGUCUCUCUGUGCUGAGAAAUGCCCUUCUGAGGCGUUUUGUACUGCUGCUGGCUGUGGGUCAGCAGAGAAGAAAGGGGUGACAGUGGACUUGGUUACACUGGAGACGCUGGGGGAGAUUGAUCCAGAUGAAAGCCCUGUGCUUGUACUGGGAUGCGGACAUGCUUAUACCGUGGAUACUCUGGAUGGCCACAUGGGGUUGAACCAGGUGUAUUUGGAGGCGGGUGAUGGGUCUGGUGGGGUUUCCGGUGGUGCAAGUGGGUCUGGUGGGAUGAGUGCAGGUGGAGGGGAGUGUGGGCGUAAGUGGGUGGCAGUGCUACCUUUUGAGGAUGGUGAUUUGUCUGCUCUCAAGGGCUGCCCGGAGUGCCGUCAGCCAAUCACGGGGCUUCGCCGGUACGGCAGGAUGGUCAACAAGGCUCUGCUGGACCAAUCAGAGCGCAAGUUUGCUCUCACCUGCUUGGCUGACCAAGAAGUGGUGCAGAGGAAGUUAGCGCGGUUGAGCCAGGUGAUCUCGUCGCUCCCAGAGACAGCUCAGCCCAGGCGGCUGCAGGAGGUGGCUCAGGCAGCUACUCGCCUGGUGCAUGAGACAGGCCAGCUGUGUGUUACCGCUGGGAACCCUCCAACACAGCAGACCUACCAGGCCUCUGUAGCGGCCCUACAAAGACGACACUACAUGCUCGGGCACAGGGAAGUGGUGCGGGCGAGUGUGAGGAGCGCGGAGAGGCAUGUGGGGGAGGCGGUGGAGUGGGCUGGUCGGCGCAAGGCGGUGCGGCUGGAGGCGAGGGCACGGCUGGAGCUGGUCGAUGUGCUCCGUGCGUUCGUGGAGGGCCACAUGGCGGAACGCCUGCUCUCCAACUCCCCAGCUGCCCUGGGGGUGGCAAAGAGGCAGCAGGUGGAGUAUCUGGAGAAGGCAAAGGCUCAGUGCGUCGCGGUGGCUUUCCACAGCUUACUCUCCAUCAGAGAAGAGGCCAGUCUUGGGAUUAGUGCCCGAAAGCUGCUCGAGGAGGACCUGCCUGCUCUGGAAGCAUCUGUUCGGGACGAGCCUCGUUAUUUCGCCCUGACGGAGCGUGAAAAGGGUGAUGUGUACAGAGCGAUAGGCCUGGGAGGAGGGCACUGCCUGUCGGUCCCUGCAGCCGUGUCUGCUAGCGAUGCCGCGUCCAGGAAGGCGUUUUCCGGCGAGAAAGUCGCGGGAUUUGCGCAGUCGGGGCUGAAAGGCAAGGCCUUGAGAUGCGAGUCUAAGAAGGUCGCGGUGCGCGCAGCCAAGAAGGCUGCCGUGUCUGCCGUCCUAGCCGAAGCCACACCACAGCAGUCUGUGGCAAGGUCAAAGCGCGCCGAUCCCAAGUCGGUUGUCUCGGUGAUUCUCGGUGGAGGUGCUGGCACGCGUCUCUUCCCGCUCACCAAGACCCGCGCCAAGCCCGCGGUACCUAUCGGCGGCGCGUACCGGCUGAUCGACGUGCCGAUGAGCAACUGCAUCAACAGCGGCAUCAACAAGGUGUACAUCCUCACGCAGUUCAACUCCGCCUCGCUCAACCGUCACUUGGCGCGCACUUACAACUUCGGCAACGGCGUCAACUUCGGCGACGGAUUCGUCGAGGCUCUUGCGGCCACUCAGACCCCUGCGACGGGCUCCAACUGGUUCCAAGGAACCGCCGACGCCGUGCGGCAGUUCUCCUGGCUCUUCGAGGAUGUGAAGAACAAGCACGUGGAGGAUGUGGUGAUUCUGUCCGGCGACCAUCUCUAUCGCAUGGACUACAUGGACUUCGUGCAGAAGCACAAGGACACCAACGCCGACAUCACCAUCUCCGUGCUGCCCAUGGACGACAGCCGCGCGUCCGACUUCGGGCUGAUGAAGAUCGACGAAUCGGGUCGCGUCGUCAGCUUCGCGGAGAAGCCCAAGGGUGCCGACCUCAAGGCCAUGGAGGUGGACACGUCGAUUCUCGGCAUUUCCAAGGAGGAGGCGGCCAAGUUCCCCUACAUUGCGUCGAUGGGCAUCUACGUCUUCAAGAAGGACAUCCUGCUCAAGCUCCUCAGGUGGCGCUUCCCCACGUCCAACGACUUUGGCGGAGAGAUCAUCCCCGCGUCUGCCGCCGAGUACAACGUGCAGGCGUACCUGUUCGACGGGUACUGGGAGGACAUCGGAACCAUCAAGUCCUUCUUUGACGCCAACCUCAACCUCACCGACACGGACGCCAAGUUUAGGUUCUACGAUGCGGCCAACCCCAUCUACACGUCGCCGCGCUACCUGCCGCCCACUCAGAUUGAGCGCUGCCAGGUGAAGCAGUCGAUCAUCUCGCACGGGUGCUUCCUGCGCGACUGCACCGUCAACCACUGCAUCGUUGGCAUCCGCUCCCGACUCGAGAACGGCGUCAACCUCAAGGAUACGAUGGUGGUGGGCGCGGAUUUCUAUGAGACGGACGCGGAGAGGGCGGCGCUUCUAGCUGCUGGCAAGGUGCCCGUGGGCAUUGGCGCCAACACCACUAUCAGCAACGCCAUCGUGGACAAGAACGCUCGCAUCGGGCAGAAUGUGAUCCUCGAGAACAAGGACCACGUGGAGGAGUCAGACCGGUCAUCGGAUGGGUUCUACAUUCGCUCGGGCAUCACUGUCGUGCUCAAGAAUGCCACCAUUGCUGAUGGCACCGUCAUCUAA